CCCAGACAGAUCUGCUGGGGCGUCUCUCAAAUAUGGUGUUUCAUCCCCUGCCUUCUUUCCUCUCACCUUAACUUCAAAGCUCAUUGGUUGAGAUCAGCAGGGAGGAGUGACCUGAGAUGGAGCCCAGGAGGUCAGGAGAAAAGAAAACAAGGAAAUAACAUUGACAUUCUCCCUGUGGCUAUGAGCCCUCCCCUGGAAAUAGGUAAGAGGGAAACACGCGGCAGCAUCGGGCAUCACACUGGCGUGGUCUCUUCGGCGCAGCCACGGCGCCAUCUGUUGGACAGUGGUGGAAAUGUAUGCGGAUGUUUCGUGGAUUACACACGACUACACAGCAGGCGAUCGAUUCAUCAUCAAAUAUACAAGAAUAAGGACGGGUCCAUUUCUGUGGAUGAACUUCAUAAUGAGAUGAAAAAAAUUGGCAUCAUUCCGUCCGCGAAUAAAAAAGCACAGGUUAUCGUAGAUAAAUAUGACCGAAACAAGGACGGGCGUUUGGAUUAUGACGAAUUCCUAACCUAUAUGAGGGACCGAGAGAAGAAAUGGAGAAUUCAGUUUCAAGCUCUUGACAGGAAUAGCAGCGGGGUCAUUGACCAGGAGGAUAUCGUAGACUUGUUUAAGGAGUUAGGAGUGAACAUAUCAAAGCAGAAUGCAAAAAGAAUAAUACAAAUGAUGGAUGAGGACAGUAGUAUGACGGUGGACUGGGGAGAGUUCCUUCAGCAUGUCAUCCUCAACCCAGCAGAGAACCUGGGAGAGCUGGUCUCAUCAUGGAAACACACUCUGGUGUUUGACGUGGGUGAAAGUCGCACGAUGGCCCUGGAACUCCCCCAGGAUGUCUCCGCUGGCUCAGGGGUGUGGAGAAGAUUUGUCCUGGCUGCCGGGCUGGCUGACGCUGUGUCCAGAACCCUGACUGCUCCCAUCGACCGCUUUAAAACACAGCUACAGGUGUAUGGACCCAGGCCAUUCUCUCAGGGCAUUAGGGAGCUGACAGCAGGGGGCGUGAAGUCCAUGUGGCAGGGGAACGCUGUCAAUGUGCUGAAGGGAACCCCCCAGACAACUCUACAGUGUCUGAUCUAUACUGAGUUGAAGUGGUACACCCAGGACGAGCAGAAGGAGAAUGUGUCAGUACCACAAAGGUUUGGUUUGGGCUGUCUGUCCGGGGCAGCAGCUCACGCUGUCUUCUAUCCUCUAGAGGUCCUGAAGGUGAGGCUGAACCUGUGGGCGGGGACCUACAGUGGCAUGAUGGAGUGUGCCCGGUCCAUCUACAAGAAGGAAUCAGCGGCCUCCUUCUACAGGGGCUUCAAACCCAGCAUCCUCUGCAUGAUUCCGUAUGCGGGGGUGGAGUGUGCCGUUCACCAGUCUAUCAUGAGUUGGGCUAAGACCCACCCGGACUACAACAAUGACUGGCAGCUCUUCUUCUUUAGUUUCAUGGCCUUCUCUGCUGGCCAGAUGACCAGUUAUCCCCUGGCUGUGAUCAGGACUCAGCAGCAAGCUCAAGCUUUCAUUUCAACUUCACCCACAAGUGUCCUCCGGGGAUUUACAGGCAUCUACAAGAGGCAUGGAUUACGUGGCUACUACAAUGGCAUGGGGGCUAGUUUCGCCAGAGCAAUUCCAUGUUCUUUGUUAAAUUACAGCUUGAUGAAGAAACUAGAGACAACACUCAGCUGAGUCACUUCUAAUAGUUCGGACACAUUUAGGUUUUUUCAAAUUUAAAAUAAGAUGACAACUACUGUAUACUUCUGAAAAUACUGUAGCAUUGCCAUAGUCUUCUAAUGCUAAUUGCACCAAUGUCCUUCAGUGCCAGUCCCUGAAUACCUAACAAUAGAUAGCAUUUUAUUUUCAAAAAGAGAAAGGCGUGGGACCCAACCUACAGUCAGACUAAACCUUUGUUAAACCCUCUUGUCAUUAAAAGGGCGUUGCUUUA